AUGUACCAUUUCGGCUGGACUCUCCAGUUCGGUUGGGCCCGACCGAACAUGGGGAGUUCAGCUGGAAGUGGUACAGAGUAGGGCUGGGCUUUCUCCACCAGUACCUUCCCGCUUUCAGCGGGAAGCUACUGGUGGAGAAGGUGAAGAAGAAGGAAGAUGGAGAGGAGAUGGUGAAGAAGAAGAAAAAGAAGAGGAAAAAGAAGAAAAAGAGAAAGAAGAAAAAGAGAAAGAAGAGGAAGAAGAUAAAGUAUACUACUGUAUCUCUUUUCUUCUUAUUACGUCUUUUGUUCUACUUCAAACCUCCUGAUCAUUUUGGGCUAGGGCUCUGGGCUAGGGCUCUGGGCUAG